CUUAUCCUACUAAUUGUGUACUAUUUUAAUGCAGAACCAUAUCUUUCCAAAUUAUGUAUUUACUUAGAAAAAGUUUUAACAAACAUUAAAUAUAAUUUCCUAUGUAAAGAUUUUGUAUAAACCUAUACAUUUAAUUUUUAACUUGAAACAUGUCAUAGUUAUUCUCAUUAAUAAACCUUUUAUAUUUAUUUAGUUUUCUAUGGUUACGCGACAAAUGGAUUAUUUUAUGUUUUUUUCAUAUUAUAAGUAUUGUUUUUGUGUAUAAACUAAAUUUAACUAUUAAUAUUUGUUAAGCAUGGCUAAGAUGCAGCUGUGUCCACUAGUUCCGUGUAACUUCGCCGUUUUUUGCGGAAUAAUAUAUAUAAUUGUCAUUAUGGUUGGCACGUUUUAUUUUUCAACUAUCAUGUCAUCGCAACAACAAUCAUAUACACAUCUACAGCGGAACAACGCAUUAGUGUAUUUCGUGGAGUAUCGACGAGUAUCCUCUGAUCUCACCGACGACGCAAAGGCGAAACACCGCCGUGUUCCAGCAGUUCAACCUCAAAAUCAGAUUGGAAAGAUGGCACACUCAUCAUGGUUAGUGUCCUUAUGCUAUGUGCAAUGGCUAUUACCUUUAUUGACGUUCUGCGAUAAACAUCGACAACAGAACCUUACGUUACAUAACAAGUCGACGAACGAAAUGCGAUCGGAAAACAAUAAAUCUACCGUGUCUAUCCGUGAAAACAUGGUAACGAAUGGAAAUGAGUAUCUUGCCAGAACUAAGGGAAAAUACAACAUCAUAGAUCUCCCGUUCUCGAGACUCGUGCCUUUGGUCUGCGUGAGCACUGCGUUCAUCUUUGGAGUUGGACUGAUAUUCAUAUUUAUCUUUUCAGUAUGUGUUUGUCUUCGAUCACAGGGUACUGAUUGUAAUAAUCAGUGA